AUGCAUUCGUUCGCUCUCCUCGGCAGCCUGCUGCUGGGCCUGCUGCCCGCCGCCAGUGCUGAAACCGCCUGGCAGAAACGGAACCUGACCUAUGACAUCCCAGAGACGCCGCUGACCACGUUCGCUUCCGCCAACUUCACCACCAAGAGCGACGCGCUCUCUGCGCUCCAGACUGCCCUCGGCAACGUGACAAUUGCCCAGGCUGGCGACAUCAGGUAUGGCUCGACCAUUGCCCGUGUGUGGACGAGCCAGCGCAAGACGUACCCGGACGCCAUCGUCUACCCCGAAACGCCGGAGCACGUCAGCAUCCUGAUGCAGUUCUACUCCAACGUCCACCCGCUGUGGAUCGACGGCUUCGCCAUCAUGGGCGGCGGACACGCCGACUUUGGCGGCGCCCAGUCCCCCAGCGUCAUCAUCGACCUCCAGAAGAUCGGCAGCACCGAAAUCGUCACGACGCCGCCCAGCAACUCGUCCGAAUACGCCAUCCUGAAGGUCGGCGGCGGCUCAGAGGCCGGCGACGUCUACGACUACCUGGACGGCACCGGCUGGGCCUUCCUGGGCCCGCGCGCCGCCUCCAUCGGCGUCGGCGGCUUCCUCCUCGGCGGCGGCAUCGCCUUCCAGACGAACCGCUACGGCGUCGGCGCCGACAGCCUCGUCGGGCUCGAGGUCGUGCUCAUCAACGGCACCAUCAUCUACGCCAACCCCUACAACGAGCACAGCGACCUCUUCUGGGCCGCCACCGGCGCCGGCUGGCUCGGCUUCGGCGUCGUCACCAACUUCUACAUCCAAGCCUACCCGGACCCGGGCACCGUCUACGUCGGCACCAUCGCCUGGGCCGAAGACAAGGCCGACGACGUCUUCAACAAGACGGCCGCGUGGUGGGAGACCAACACCGACCCGGACGCCUUCCCCGCGCUGCUGUACUACCUCAAGGACCCGGUCGAGAUCAACGCGCUCGCGCCGGUCAAGGACCGCGUCUACACGCUGCAGCUCAACGCGCUGCGCUUCGGCGGCACCCAGGCCGACUUCAACGCCACCUUCGGCCACUUCUUCGACAACGCCGACGGCCUCCUCCUCCAGACGUACACGCUCAAGUCCUUGCAGCAGUACCUGCUCACCAACUACCCCUACGGCUACAACCGCCUCUUCUACGGCAAGAGCCACACCAACUCCACCCCGGCCUUUUACCAAAACACCUUCGCCGUCUACAAGGAGACCGUCGACGGCAUGCUCGCCCGCGGCGAAGACCCCGGCCACACGCUGUGGGUCGACGAAUACGUCUUCCCCGCCUGGAACGGCGCGGGCCCGGCCACCGACGCCGCCACGUCGUGGCCGCACGCGACGAGCGCGCACAUCACGCUGACGUCGGGCGAGUGGAGCAACGCCAGCACCACGCAGUGGCUGUACGCCCAGGACGAGAACAAGAUGAUGGCUUACCUGCGCGACUUCCAGGCCGGCAUCGACGAGCCCGCGAUUUACGACUACCCCAACUAUAUGUGA